UCCUGGUGAAAACUGUCGGCCCGCUCUCAUUGGCCGUGACCGGGCCUGGCCUAGUUUGGCCUUACCGCGGCUGCGAGUCGAGCGCAGCGAUUGGAAUAUUCCUACCGUCCCGUGGCAAUGGAAGAACCUUACUACAACCUGCGCGUGUGGAGCCAUGAUUGUAGUGGUGAGGUGGUGUGAGGUAAGGAUGACCUUGUUUCACCACCUGAAGCUGAAGCGACCCCGGAUGAACAGCGGCGAUCACACCCCCAGUAUGUCUCAGCAUCCCCCCACCCCCUCUCGCAAGAAAGCCACAGCUGUGGGAAACGGAAACAACGACCAAGCAAUAGAGAAACGGCCGGAAAUUGAAUUGGGUUCAGAGAUGACGGGCAGCCGGGAAGACAAGACCGAAACUCAGUCUGAGCCUCCUCCUCCCUUGGAACGUGGCAGCCAGUGUGCCCUGGAGGACAGUGAAGCUACUGCCAUGCCCCAGCUAGAGCGACAGAAUAGUGUCUUCGAUGGAGGGGGCAAUCAUGAGGGACGCGAUGUCUUGCCUCACCUGAGUCCUCAGUUGUGGCCUCCUUCCAACACUCUUGCCUAUCACCGGCACUUCGGGCCUCCCGAAACGGAAGAAGAAGAGCCGCCACCACUGCUUAUGGGCGGAAAGACCAUGGUGUGGACAAGAAGCCCAUCCAUCUCUGGAAGAAGCCGAAUGCCGCCCUCUUCCACCAUCACGUCAUCCUCCUCAAAGCGGACGCCAUCGCCGAAAUGUACGCCCACUCCCUCGCCAACCGCUACAUCGCCACAGUUUGAGCUAGCACAAAACGUACUAUCCCUCUAUCGCCAGCCGCAGUCCACGUUUCCUUCCAAUCGGCCGACAUGUUCCAGAUCCAGCCUGGAGAGCACGGAUGAGGAGUCUUCCAUUCAAGCCUGGCCACAGUCCAGCGAGACCCAGACCUCUGCUUCUUCGUCUUCUGUUUCUCCAGACACACAGGCUCUCAACCUCUGCGUUGCCUCGACGUCCAGGGACAGCAUGGCGAAGGACGACGAUGGCCAGCCAAUGGUGUGCAUGAUAUGCGAAGAUCGUGCGACUGGACUACACUACGGGAUCAUUACAUGCGAAGGCUGCAAAGGGUUCUUUAAAAGGACAGUACAAAACAAAAGAGUAUAUACUUGUGUAGCUGAUGGUAAUUGUGAAGUCACCAAAGCGCAAAGAAAUCGUUGUCAGUACUGUCGCUUCCAGAAGUGUGUCAGGCAAGGAAUGGUCCUAGCAGCUGUGCGAGAAGAUCGGAUGCCAGGAGGGCGAAAUUCGGGAGCUGUAUAUAAUUUGUACAAGGUAAAGUAUAAGAAGCAUCGCCGUGGUCAGAAGAAUGGUCAUCUUACACAAGAGCAGCAACAGCAGUCAUCACUUCCAUCUCCUAAUCCACGUCUUUCAGUAAGUCAUCAAGACUGGGCAAAUGGCCAGAUUCUAAAGACUGCUCUCACGAGCCCUGCUGAUGUUGUUCAUCUGAGACAUAGAAGUGAAAACUGUGUAACUAGUUCACGACAAGACAAUAGAAUGACGACAGAACAAGCAUGUGCCAUGAUUCGGCAGUUGGUAGACUGUGAUGCCUUUGAGGAUGUGGCUAAGCUAAAAAAUGCAAAAGAAUUCUUACAAUGCAAAUUGGGACUCAAUGAUAAGCUCUGUCAUAUAGGGGACAACAUUGUGUAUAAGUUGGUGCAGUGGACCAAGCGAUUGCCUUUCUAUCAUGAGCUGCCAGUUGCCAUUCAUACGCAGCUUCUAACUCACAAGUGGCAUGAGCUUUUAGUGCUCACCACGUGUGCCUUCCUAGCCAUCAGAGGUUCACCACCCAUUGAUGUAUCACAGGCAGUGGCAACAGCUCUUUGCUCUCUGAGGGAAUGUCUUACUAUUAUGGUUGGAGAACCAGUUGGUUUGGAAGAGCUUAGGGAAGCUGGGCCUUUGGUUGAGAGACUGGCACGGUUGGCUGAUACAUUUAGAAGGAUGGGUCUUUGUGUUGAAGAAUAUGUUUGUCUGAAAGUAAUCAUCAUGCAGUCCCCAGAAGAAAUUAAAGACCAGAAGGAGUUAGAAGCCAUCCAUGACAGGUACAUGAAAGCACUUCGAGUGUUCGUCGAGCAUAGGUUUCCCCAGCAAACUACAAGGUUUGCGGAGCUUCUCAGCUGCAUACCAGAAGUCCAGGCAGCAGCUAGUUUAGUGGUCCAGAGUAAAAUGUUCUAUGUGCCUCUGUUUCUCAACACUAGCCUUAAAAGUGAGACAGUGGGAUAAGUGGGGUGGUCAUCACCAAGGGUGCUCAACUUGCAGAAUUUCAUCUAUUCUGCCUUUUUUUAUAUAAACGUUUUGUUUUUUAAUAUAUGAAAAUGAUAUCAUUCAUGAAAGGGCGUGUGCUGCUGGAAAAAAGAAGAAAAGCUUCAAAAGGAAACUUGCAAAGGCAGUUGGUUUCAUGUGGAUCAAGAAAUUAUAAAAUUCCAUUUGAGUUUGAUAUUUCUUCCAAACAUUUUAUAUGUAGUCAAACCUAAACUAAGUUUUUCCAUCAAGGUAAACAUGCAUAAGUUUCCAAUCUUUAGCAUGUUCCUGAAUGCUCAAGAUCCUAAGCAUUCCAAGUUUUACAAAAAGUUAUUGCCAUUUGGUAAAAAAAAAAAAAAAAAAGAAAGAAAAUUUUUUUUUUUGUUUUGCAUUUACAAGGAAUGCAAAAUAUUAAUCCUCCUUAUUUGGUACGAAAACAUGUAAUAUAAAAUUGGCACGGGUGGUUUUCCACAGUGAACUGACUUUCAUAUAACAUCACCUAGUGGGGCAAAUUACACAUUUCAAGAAAAAGGCACCGAAGGACAUUGUAUUAAUACAAGAUUUGUAAGUAUUAAGAAAAGUGACGUGUGAAAAGACUGAUUGCAUUAAAACUUAAAAGUGAAGGCCUCAAAACUAUUUUAGCUAGCUCUUUCACUGCCAUCGUUAAAAGAUUGCAAAGUGCUUCAGUUCCUAAACAUCAUAGGAACUGGUGUCUAAAAUGGCUUAUUUAUUGAUGAAUAACUGUGAGCUGAAAGUUCUGACUUGCAUUUGUUGGGUGAUUUUUAAAAGAAUCAUCAGUAUUGAUAAAGAAGGGAAGGAAUAGAAACAGAGCAUUGUCAGAGUUGUUAUUGUACAGUAAUGCUUGUUGGUCACAUCCCUCUUGUGCCAUGAAGUUUGCACAAAACUUUUUGUGGAAAGAGAAAGGUAGUUCACUACAUAGUGAAAAGUAAUUUCUUGCUAGAAAAGUUUAGAGCUAUUUGUUUAGUGAGUGUGUAAUAAUGAAGCAAGAUUAAGCCCGGUUAUAAAUGUGUGUCCUUUGUAAGGAAGUUAUAUCGAAAGAAAAUAUUCAGCUAUGUGAAACUGUUAGCAUUCUUUGAAUGUGUGAUAUUGUGUGAGUCAGAUUUGCAUGUAAAUGAAGCUAAAUUAUCUUAAUUUGUAUCCUGACACAAGUUUUCCUACUUUUUUUUUAUAUUAAAAUGUGUUAAAAAUCAUGCCAAAUUACAAAAAUAUACAUUAUCUUAAAGUAUAAAUGUUUCAGAAUGUUUCAGAAAUGCUAAAGUGUUAUGUCAUAUCUGGUUUGAUUAGUAUAACUGAAAAUUUCAGAAUAGUUGCUGUGCUCAAUCCAAAGAAUACAAAGUUAGCAUAGAAGCAUAAAAAAGAAAAAUUGCUUUAUUUUCAAAAAUGAGCUUUACAAGAGAAGAGUUUUAUGUAUAUAUAUAUAUUUCUGUUUCAUCUCCUCUUUUUUUUCCCCCUUCUGAAGUUUAGAAAUUGUUACUUUUAAGGAACACAGCCUAGCUUUCAAAUUCAUUCACAACAUUGUUUUAAUUGUUAAAACAUCAGAUGUCUUAAACAGAAAAUAAAUCUUCUUCCAUCUUUUGUAAUUACUAUUUUUUUAACAAUAAAAUUAAAGUUUUUAAAGCAUAGAAGCUUUAACAUGCUAUAAUGUAUGGAUUUUUUAAGUAAAAAUUUCCCUCUUAUAAUCUAAGUAAUCAGUUAGUUCAAUAAAAUUUGUCUCACUAGUACUGUUGCCAAAUUAUUUAAUUAAUUGUGUCAAAUAAUUAACAUUGCUUUUAGAAAUGUUUCACAUGAAGUUAAAUGUUAUAUAAGAAAAUUUGAUUUUAUAAGAUAUCAUUUAUUGCAAUUAACUGAAUCUAAAAUCGAUGAAAUUUUAUUAGCUCAAAUUUUUUCAAGCUUUAUUGUUGUUAUUUUAUUUUGUGAAUAUUAACUAAAGUUGAUGUCAGUUAUAAUUCAUUUUGCUGAAACUUUUUUUUUUUUCCUUUUCCUUUUGAUGCAUUAAACACAAAUGCAUCAUCUAAGAAUUUUCAUAGUUUUUUUAUUUAAUGUUUUAAAAUGUAAAUUUAAUGACACUAAUGCAUUUU